GUAGUAAGUCUAUCUACUUUAUCUGAAAGAUAAUUUGAAGAAGUGAAUUCAAAAUCCACUGUUAACUUACCACUGUUGAUUAAAUUCAUUUUGUCCAACUGAUUUGUAUCAAAAAAUCUUAAUAAAAUAAUCUCGACUGGUUGAAAGUGACGUUCAAAGACAGAAAAUUUCUUAAUCUUUAACUGAAUAGAUUUGAGUAAACUGAACUUAAAAUCAUGAAAGACACAAUUGAAAAAUCCAUGGAACAAAUGGAAAAAGAUAAGCAACAGGCUUUGGAUAGAGCGCUAACAGCUGAGGAAUUGACUGCCAUUGCCCAAGCAAGAGCAGAAAAUGCUGAAGAUAAAGCAAGGAAUCUCAAAGAAAGGUUACUGGCAAUGGAGGAAAAGCUCAAGAAAGCCAAGGAAAUUCAAGAGAAAACAAUGGAAGAGAUAAGAAACAAGAAAAAUCGUAUAGAAACGAUACAAUCACAGACGGUAUCUUUAUCGUCAGCUAUAAGUGUGCUUGAAGCCAAAUCUGAAACUUUAAAGGCGGCUCAAAAAGAGUUGAUGACACUCGAGGAACAAAUGGAAGCAGUAGAUCAAGAAAAACAAAGAAAAUUUGCUGAAAUGGAGGCAGAAAUUGCUCGAACUCGGGAAAUGAGUAUUAAACGUGAACAAGAAAUGGUGGCCAAACUGGAAGAGUUGAACCAAAAAUCAGAAAAAUUGAGACAAAUGACCUCCAAACAAAGUAAAAAAUAAACCAAAACAUCAGAAUUAAAAUGCAGACAUGUAAUGAUAUUGAUGAACUUGAGCUGGUGAACCUAAUUGAAAGAUUACUAGAAUCUACUUAUCAAUAAGUGGCGAUUUUCGUUAAAAGGAUUGUCUAUCAAAAUGUCUACUGAAAUUGAUUUUGAUUUUAAUGUAAAAUUACACAAUGUAUUACACAAUAAGAAAAUAAUGUUUUGA